AGGAAGGAAGGAAGGAGGGGAAGCGAGGGAGGGAAACCAUGGCGCCCAGCGAGGAGGACGGGAACGGCUCGGCGGAGGAGAAGGAGAACGGGAAGAAGGCGGCGCGGCGGGGAAGCGCCGUCACGACGGCUUGGCUUAUUUUCUAUAACAUCACCAUGACGGCCGGGUGGCUGGUGUUGGCUAUCGCCAUGGCACGGUUUUACAUGGAAAAAGGCACAUACAAAGGCUUAUAUAAAAGCAUCCAAAAGACACUUAAAUUUUUCCAGACUUUUGCUUUACUUGAGAUAAUCCACUGUGCAGCUGGAGUAGUGCACACUUCGGUGCUUGUGACUGGGGUCCAAGUGUGUUCCAGGAUCUUCAUGGUGUGGUUUAUUACACAUAGUAUUAAGCAGAUCCAGAAUGAGGACAGCGUUAUUCUUUUUCUGGUCGUAUGGACUGUGACAGAGAUUACUCGAUAUUCCUUCUACACAUUCAAUAUGCUUAACCACUUACCAUACUUCAUAAAAUGGGCCAGGUACAAUUUUUUCAUCAUCUUAUAUCCAGUAGGAGUUGUUGGUGAACUUCUAACUAUUUAUGCUGCCUUACCCUAUGUGAAGAAGUCGGGCAUUUUUUCAGUGAGACUUCCCAACAAGUAUAACGUCUCUUUUGACUAUUACUACUUCCUUCUCAUCGUCAUGGCCUCCUAUAUACCAUUGUUUCCACAACUGUACUUUCACAUGCUCCGUCAAAGAAGAAAAGUACUUCACGGUGAAGUGAUUGUAGAAAAGGACGAUUAAAACAGCCCUUGCCAUCCAUGGUGCUUUUCAGAGUAACAAACCAAAUCUGUAACAAGUUGCACAAGUCCAGAUUUGACGUAAUGGAGCAAGAUUAACCAGUCCAUGCAACCAACAUAGGUCCUUAAUUUUGCAAUACCUAUAUUGCAAAUAAUGCAAAUGCUCUAAUUUUCUCAUUUAACUUUUCAACUUUAUAUUUGUCUUCUGUGUUUCUCCCCUUUUCUUUUAAAUAAAUUAUUUUGUUCCAAUUACACAUAGACAGA